UCCUCAGUUCCACAUAAAGGAUAACAGCGCUCCUCUGAGUAGGUCAAACAACACAAACAAGCAAACGUAGGCGAAUAUAUUUAUUAGUAUUUCAAACAAUAAACUAUUAUCGAUGCAAAAUGGAAAACAACAGCUUCCACAGCCAGCUCCUGUCCGUCAUGGACGUCCUGGCCAAGGCAGCUGUGGCGGAGAUAAACCGGCGUGUGGAGGACAGCUGCGCGGUGCUCCGGGUGGAGGUGAGCCAGAGUCGAAGGGACAUCGCCCUGCUGAGGAGGAAAUGUGAGGUGAUGGAGACCGAGCUGAGGAGGACCAGGAUAAGAGCCAGGAGGAAAGUGUUUUGUCCUCCAGCACCAGACAGAUUCUCAUCUUUAGUCAAAGUAGUUCUGAACAAAGAGAUUCAGACCACAGACUGGGAUGGACAAACAGAGGCUGAGGCUCAAAGUCAACCAGAGCAGUGUGCAGAAACACAGCCUGCUGAUGAAGCUGAAAAUCUGCUGAUUAAAGUGGAGUGUUCAGAGGAAGAAAUGUGGAAGAACCCCUCGGAGGACAAAAUGAAGUCUGAAGAAAAUCAAGCAACUUGUUUCGAAGCCUCACAACCUCCCCAGACUGAAGGUUUUGCAGAGUCUCACCACUCUGGUGAGAACGAAGAGGACUCCCUGAUGUCUACAGGUGGCUACACGGACUUUCAAGACCAAAAUGAAGCAGAGCUUCUGGUAAAGCACGAGAAAGAAGAUGAGCUGCAUGAAAGCUCAGCUCCUCUCAAUUCAGUUGGAAAUUUUGUAUCAGGUGAAGGGCAGCUGUGGGCAUCAGAUCAGUGGACAGAAGCUGCUGAUCCAAGCUCUUCUUAUGUUGGUCAACAGUUUCCCGCUGUUUUCCCAUCUCAGGGUGGGUUACAUUUUGCAGAUCUUGUGCCCCAAAUUCAGUCCAUAGAGAAAUCACAGUCAGUUGUUGUGAGUGAAGAAGGGUUGAAAAGACGUCUUGGAACAGUUCGAUCGAAGAGACAAAUCCAAAUCGACGGAAUAAAUACUUCAUCCCAGUUUAACACCAUGGGUCAAAGCUCAGUCUCUCAACAGUCACAGCAUCCGUACAGGCACCAAGAUGUGACUUUGACAUCACAGAUCCCAUUAUCAACCACAUUUCACGGGCACAGCCGUAUGAGCUCAGUCCUGGCAAGGAGGAUAAAGACGGCCUGGCGGUCUUCCACCAAGGAGAAGAAGUUCUGCUGCUCGUACUGCAGUAGAUCAUUUCAUAAAUGCUGUCAGCUUAAAGAGCACCUGAGGAGUCAUACAGGUGAGAGACCGUUUAGCUGCAAGCUGUGUGGCAGGAGCUUUGCCAAACAGUGCAACCUCAUCAGACACGCGGUGGUCCACAGUGGGGAGAGGCCCCAUGAGUGCUCGCUGUGUGGGAAGUGCUUCAGUCAGCGCUCUAGCCUCAAGUCCCAUCAGAAAACAGCACACUGAGGUCACAGGAUUUUAUUUAUAUAUAUGUUCAAUAUAUAGUCCUCUCAAGAGAUACUCCAUUGUAUUAUUAUUUUGAUAUCAACAACUUAAUGUCACCGUACCUGUGCAGCGGAGGUGGUCGAACCCUGUUUUUAUUAGGUUAGAUUAUGUAUCAAUCAUGGGUUUGUGAAUAUAUUUAUUGUUUUUCUUCAGUAACUUAUUAAAGUUUUUAACAAAUGACAAUUUGUUAAUCUUAUUACCCCCCCUGUUCUCUUUUUUACAUACUUGCAGUUCUCCUUUCUUAAUUCAAACAGGAGCUUUUCCUGCCUUGCCUCAUUCUGUA